AUGUAAUAAUCUUUAAUUGAUUCUAACAUUAUUUAAUCUACAACUGUUAAAACAAUAAAAGAACUCAAAAAAUUGGGAGACUCUCGAACUAACUUAGAAGCUGAUGAGAAUGAAGUAAAUGAUUCAACUUUGAGUGGAAAAAACACUCCUGAAGAUGAAACUUCGAAAACAUAAAACACUAAAAUCACACUAAACAAGAAACCAAAAUUGACCUUCAAACUUCAAACGCAAAAUAGAAUCACUUCAAUGAAAUAAACAGUUGUCAAGACUACUGAUGAUGUGGCUGAAUAAAGCAAUGGGUUUAGAAAAGCAUCACUAAGAUAAGGUUCAUUGAGGCUUUAAAGACCUCAACCUUAAUUAUAAUUAGAAUCAAAUGAUCCUGUUGAUAUGAAUAAUGCACUUAACUUAAUUUUAACGAAAUGUAAAACCAUUAAAGAAGAAUUUGAGUAAUUAUAACUCACUAAUACAUUGAUAAAUAAAUACAUCAAAAAUGAUAAACACUUUCAUUUUUCAUUUUAAGCAUUUUUAGACAAUUUAGUUUCAAAGGGAAAAUUAGCUCAGACAUUAACUAAUAUAUAAAAGCCAGUUCUACAAAGGAUAGAGUUAUUUACAAUAAAUCAUGUUAAAAGAUGCAUAUAAAAAAAUUAAAUAUCUCAACAAUUUGAAGAAAAAACUAAGCAUGUUGACCUUCUUUUCAAUCGGUAUUACAAAGAGUUAACAAAUAUUGAAUAAAAUAUCAAAUAUUUCUGA